CGGCAGUGGUAGAACGGCUUAGGGAUAGACUUCGGACCGCUUUGGUCGAACGUGCGGGACCCUCACUUUUGUGAGAGCUUUACCACAACGAGCUAUAGCGCUGCCAAUCGAGGCCAUAUUUACUUCCCUGCUGCUAUAACAGAACGACGCAUACAUGUUCUCAGCAACCAUGCCGAAAAAAACUGCCUGCGGCAUCGCUACGGCGCGAGGUAUGGCGUUUUGCUCUGCUUCAGGGCAGCGCGUCCGCGUCACGCGAACGCGCGGCCCUGGACGCGAUACGUUAUGACUCGCGGGUCGCGCGUCUACUGUCGAUAGGCCAGCGGUAGCAGCACGUGGCGUGCGGUGGCGCUUUAUGGCCGCUCGGUCGCACCCACGGACUCGUCGGCGUCCAGCGAAGCGACGACCACCACCUAACCGUGCGAGCGGGGCCUGGCGUCCGCUCGGUAAGUGCGGUCAGUCGGGCCGCUGUCAGCGACACGCGGACAGCUUGGUUGUGGGGCGUUGGGAAUCCGGUCUUCGGGCUCCGAGCGCUUGUUGGAGGCGUCGUCGACGAAUCCUCAACCAGAGAUCCGCUUGCAACAGCAGCACACGACCUGACGCUGGGACGCUUGGACGCGCGGUAGUACGAGGCGCCCGCCAUUCCAGCGCUGAAACACUAGAUGACUAGCCGUCGCGGCCGGCCCCGCGGCGUUGGGGCGGAG